AUGGAUGACACUUCAGAUGAUAAAAGCAGAUAUAAACUUCGACAAACAACAUUGCAAUAUGACUCUUCUAAAGCGGUAGCUCGUGAAAUUGAAAUAUUUAGAGGCCAAGGCUACCGAAAUAACCUUUACCCAGACAACUCAAUAAACACAAAUUUGAAUUCAUAUUUCUUUCUGAUCCCAUUCAUUUUAUUCUCCCAAUUUAAAAGAUUAGGCUAUAUUUGAUAAUCUUUAUAAUGUAACUUUUAAGCAAAAUUUUAGUUAAAUAUUUUUUCUCCAAAAAAAUUUUGGGUACUGAAAAUUAUUAACAUAAAAUUUUAUUCAUCUAAUAAGCCAUAUCUAAUUGUCACAAUCUUUCAAUAUAUCCCAUAUGAUCUUUCUCCAUUACAAAGCGAGUCAACAACAACUAUUUUUGCGAUUUCUUUAUUUUUGAAUUUGGUGCAUGAUAUAUUUGCUAAUUAUUUGAAACGAAAAAGCGAUUCCUGCGUAAAUUCAAGAGAUUCUCUUGUUUGAAGUGAAAGCAGUAAACAAUUUAUACACAAAAAAUGAGAAGACAUAAGGGUGGGAUAUGUGAUUGUAGUUAAAAAUAAUGAAGAAGUGCCAGCAGAUUUAAUUUUGAUAGCAACAAGUGACUCAGAAGACUCUUGCUUCUUUGAGACUUUUAAUUUAGAUGGGUCUACAAGGCUGAGCAUGAGAAAACCUGUCUCAGAUUUUGCAAAAAUUUUUGAAAGCAAAAAUUAUGAAAAGGCAAUUCAUAGGAUUUUUAAGUUGGAUAAUGCAAUUCUAAAAAUUGAUCAUCCAAAUGAUUAGAUUGGGUUUGACUAAAAGUUAUGUGCCUCUUUGUUUGAAUCUCAUCCAAUGCAAGCUUACAAUAGUCUUGCUCAACUGUGGGUGUGCAGUCCUUGGUAUCUCAGCAUUUCUACCAGACAUAGCUCAACUUCGUAUUUCGGCCUUAUUCUUGACACUGUUUCAGCUUGUUAGAGAAAACAUUUUAUAACUUAAAACUGUUGCUUCAGUGGCUAGAGUUCUAGUUAAAGAUAAAUCCCCAGCUAUUAUCUGACCAAUAAUGCCUUUUUAUGGUAAAAACUAUUUUUCAGGCGCUUAGUGUCAAAAUUUGUCAGUUCAUGCAGAAUUCAAAGAGUUUUAUUGUGAUUUUGAAGAUUCAGAUACAUGAUCUGCAUAAAAUCAUUAUUGAUUCUCUUUGGCCCAUAUAGGUUAAGUAAGUCAAGAGCAAAUGGGUGUUGCAUCGAUAAGCAAUUUUUAUUCAGCAUAUGAAACUGGGAACUAGUUGAGGAUUACUGGAGUUUUGAAGUUUUAUUUUUGUGUGAAUAGCGAUUUCCAUCGUAAAGAAAAGGUUGAUUAAAAGCAAGUGAAGCAUGAAUUUACAGCUUUAAAAGAUAAAAUAAAUUAAAUGCCUUGUCAUGGUGGUAUCGUCUUUUAGGGCAUAAUGCCCUUACCCCAAAUUCAGAUCAAGAAUUAUGAAUUAUUCAUUGCCGAGCAAUGUAGGCAAAGCCCAACUGUAGCACGAUGCCCAGUACACAUAGAUUCCAUUUUCUGCUUGGCUUUCAGGCCACAGAAAGGCCUCUAAACUUUUAAACGCCAGGAGAGAGAAGUGUUGUUGUGAAUGCCAUUAUAUUUGUUGAAUCCUAAUGAUAAUUAUCAUACUGUAUAUGGGAGCAUAAAAUUGGUGAAAUACCCUAAAGCGAUACCUCUUUCCAUUGAGAAUUUUGUAUUGCGAGGGUCAAAAUUGAAAAAUACUGUCUCUCCUUGAUUAGCGAGCAAAUACCUAUUGUUGUUAGCAAGCAACAAUUUUUUAUAAUAUACAUUUUAUUUUACAAAUAAUAAUUUGAUAUAUAAUUAAUGAUGAAAAUGAUGAAAACUUCAGCUAAUACUAUAAAGAUCCCGUAAUUGCAAAGACCUUCAUGGAAAAAAAUUAGAUCAAAAUUUUAAGAAAAUAAAAUGUCUCAAGUUCAAAUUUGAAAUUUUGACAGCCUUAAAUUUAUAUACCUUUUUGCAAUGAAUAGAAACAUUCAUAAAACUUAGUCAUUAUCAUAUUUAAUAUGUAAAAAUAGGGUAACUUUAUCAUAGGAAUUCUUCUAAUCAUUGUGAAAAGGUAUAAAUUAAAACAGCUUUUCAUCCAAAUAUUACAAUUUGGAUUUUUUAAAUCCAGAAUAUAUAAUUUCAUAUAAAAUUUAAAACAAUUAAUGCUCCGUUAAUGAGCAAAAUUUUUUUUACCUACUAACCAAGGGGAGUGAAUGAAUAAUGGGGAUUGUAGUUUAUACUGGUCCAGACACAAAAAUUAUGAUAAACUCUCAAGAAUUAUACUUUCAUUAUGAACUAUUUAAUUCUAAUCAUUAUUUAAGUGUUAGCUAAAUUCAUUGAAAAUGAUAUAUGACAUAAGAGUAAGAAUACUGAUAAAGUAAUGGAUAAAUAUAUUUUCUGAAUCUUUAUAUUGCUCUCAGCUAUGACAUUAAUUUUAUGCAUACUUACUAUCACUCAUUCAUACUAUUAUGAGCAUGAGUACAAAUAUUUUACAGGCUUGAACCCUUCAUCAUCUUGAAUGGAUAUUUUAAGCUUUCUCAUAUUAUUUAGUUAUUUAAUCCCUAUCAAUUAUUAUAGUAUUGUUGAUUUAAUUGGUUUAAUACAAUUUUGAUUUAUGAGGCAAGAUUUAUGCUUUUAUGAUGAUAAAAAGCAUGAAACAAUUAUAAGCAGUAGUCUACGUCUAAAUGAAGAUUUGGGAAAGGUUAAAUACAUUUUUACAGAUAAAACUGGGACUCUUACUGAAAAUAAAAAUGAAAUUACAUCAAUUUGGGGUGAUAGCAUAAUUUAAUAUGAAGACAGAAUUUAUCUUAAUAAAUGAUAAUAGAAAUGACGACUAAUUUUCAGUGAAAUUAAAAUAUUUUGUAAUUAAAGGCAAAAGCUAUGAUAUUGAAGAAAUGCCUCUCCUAUUUAGUAGCAAAUUGUAUGACACCAUGCUAGAUUUAUUAAAAGUUCUAGCAAUUUGUCAUACUGUUAGUCCGUUGUCAAUAAAUGAAGAUAUUAAAUAUAAAGGUGAGUCUCUAGAUGAAGAAGCACUAAUAAUGGCAGCUUUUAUGUCUGGUGUUGAAUAUAAAAGCACAAAAGAAAAUGUAAUGGAGCUAAAAAUCUUUGGUUCAACAAAAUAUUAUAAAAUAUAUGGACUUAACAAAUUUGAUCCUGACUCCCCACCAGUAAGAAGUAAAAAUUUUUGCUUAUUCGAGGGGUUUAAUACAAAAUUUUCAACAGUAAAUUUUAUAUGGAUCGUAAUUUGCUUGAUAUUAUUGAGGGGUUCACUUUUUAUCUAAAAAACAAAUUUCUGAUCUAUUCAUAUAAAUUUAUUAUUUGAAAAUUUUCGUUAAAAAACCCUCCAGAAUAAGAAAGAAUUUGCUUAUUACUAGUAAGAGAGUGAGAGAAAAAUCAUGUCAAUUGUGGUAAAAGAGCUUAAUUGUGAUAAAUAUCCAGUUUUAUUAUGCAAAGGAGCCGAUGAUGUAUUGUGCACAAAAUCAUUAAACUCAGAAAAAUAUAUAAAGAAAUUGACAAAAGAAAUAGAAAAUCACACUAAAAAUGGAUUAAGAGUGCUUGCUAUUGCCAGAAAAACUUUAACUGAAGAAGAGGCUGCUAAAUUUGAGGAGCAAUGAAUAGCUGCAAAAAAUGCAAUGACUAAUAGCGAAUCGAGGCUCAAAGAAGUAGCAAACUUAUAUGAAAAAGAUUUGUAUAUUAUUGGAGCUGUUGCAAUUGAGGAUAAACUUCAAGAUGGUGUCUCAGAAACUGUAAGUUCUCUUCGUAAAGCAGGGAUCAAAAUAUGAAUGAUGACGGGUGACAGACGUGAAACUUCUAUAAGUACAGCAUACGCUUCUACAUUAUUUGACAGUGAAACAGAAAUUAUACAAUUAUCUUAUUCUCAUGAAAAAUUUUUAUUUGAGGUCCUUGAAAAGGAGUAUAAUAAUAGGUUUUUACCACAAGAAUCAGGUAGUUUUAUACAGAAAUCUGAGUCAAUGAGUCUAAAAGAAUCAGAAUCAAAAACUAGUAUUGAGCUAGAACAAGACUGCAUAUUUAUAAAAAGAAAUGAAUCAUAUAACUAUGGAAUUGCUGUAGAAGGACUCUCACUUGAUGCUAUAAUGAGAAAUGUCAAACAUUUGCAAUAUUUUUUAGCACUUGGCUGUGCUGCUAAAGCUGUUAUUUUAUAUAGAACAACUCCAGCCCAAAAAGCAAGGAUCGUAAAAAUAUUUAAUGAAAACGUUUUAUCUCGCCCUGUCAUGCUGGCAAUCGGCGAUGGAGCAAAUGAUUGUGCCAUGAUUAAUGAAGCAAAUAUAGGCAUUGGGAUAUUAGGGAAGGAAGGGUGUCAAGCAGCAAAAUGCAGUGACUUUGCGAUUGCAAACUUCAAAUGCCUGAUUCCUUUACUGCAAGUUUAUGGCCACUGAAACUGCAUAAGGAUGCCAAAAAUUCGACAAGUUUUAUAUCGUCUUAAGGCUUAUUGUGUGCCUUGACGCAAUUUCUUUCAUAACUUGGAUAGUUGGCGCGCCAUCUAAAACCCGCAAGCCACUUAAAGUUGACAUAUCUUGUCAAAAGGAUAUACUUUUGCUAUUUGAGUUGCUUGCUACUUUUAGAUGACUCGCCAAAUCUCCAAGUUGCUGAGAAGAAAAUUGCGUCAAGGCAUGCAAUAAGCAUGCAGACUUUAUAAUCUACAUUAGUUGCUUAUUGGCAUUCUUACUAUUUUAUUACUCAUUUAUUAAUAUGUACUCAGCUAGCUUUUUAUAUGAAUCAUGAAUGAUCACUAUUUUUUAUGGCAUGCUUAUCAUUUUGCCAAUUAUAUGGCUUGGAGUGAUUGAUAAAGACUAUGAAAAAGAAAAAUUAAUUAAAAAACCUGAACUCUAUUAUAGAUGAGAUUUUAUGUCUAAGGAAAGUUUAUGAUAUAUAGUGCUUGGAGCUUUUCAGGCACUUUUAAUAUUUUUAUUGGCAGUGCUUUUUACUGCAGACAGUUUUGAUUUGCAUGGUAAUGCUGAAGAUUAUUUCACAAUAGGCUGCAUUUGCUUCUUAAUAAUUCUUCAAGUAGUCUUAUAUGAGUUAUGAGUUAUAGCCAAAUCAUGAAGCCUCCUGUUCUUCAUUGCUUCUAUAUUCGUAAUAUUAUUUGCAUUUUCCUUUGUAUUUUUACUUGACUACGGACCUGCCAAUAAUUACUACAUGAAAGGCACAUCAUCUAAAUUAUUUUCAAAUGUUGUCAAUUUAAUAAAUCUAUUCACUGUCCCUCUAAUUUGCUUGGCAUUUAGGCUUUCCUUUCAUUAUUUAGCUCACCUUAAGCAAAGCCAAAAUUAUUUGAGAAAUAAAAAAAUAUUUAAAAGCACAGCGCUUAUCAGCCCAGAUAAUGUUCAAGAAGAUUUCAAACAGCUAUUUGAUUUCACAAACUAUGACACUGCGUGAGAUAAGAAAGCUGUUAUACUUAACUACAAAAUGAAACCAAUUACUAUGCGAUUUAGCAAUCCAUAUUUAGAAAAUGAAUUUCAGGCUGAUUCUGUAAAAGAGAGCAAAUCUUCCAGAAGAUUAUAUGUUCUUCUUAGCCUGAUAGUAUUCUUUAUUAUAUUCAUUCUUAACAUCUUUCUUACAAAUAACGACGAUGAGCACAUCAUUUUGAGAGCUUUAGAAAUUAUCACGUUAAUAUUGAUUUUUUUUAUUUUUAUUUGCUUAUGAUUCCAGCAGUUCGAAAAAUAUCAUGCGCAGCUGAUAAUAUCUUGAAUUGGGCUAUCUUUAUUAUUUAAAAUAUUUAUUGAUUAUGGAAUAGGUUAUGAUAUGACAUUAUCAAGUGCUCUUAUGUCGUUUUAUACCUUUAUCGUGACCAAAAAUUACUCUUAUUACAUUUCUUUAUAGAAGAGCCCUGCUUUGGUUUGGGCUGUGCCAAGGUCUCCUAACCUCACCAAUGGUUAUCAAACCAGCAUUUGUUGGUAGAGCCAAUUCCCUGGUAGAAAGUCUAGAGUAUCAAGUAGAUUUGCCACCAAGGGAUAAGCUGCUCAACAAAUGUUGGUUUGAUAAGUCCCUGGGUGGCAUCUGAGAAUUCGGCUCAGCUCGAGCCAAAACAAAGCUCAGGCUAUAUUAAAUAUUGCGAAUUUCAUAAUUUAUGCUGCGUGAAUGUUUACAAUAGAAAUCAAAAUUUCCCCAUUGGUUAUUGGGAUAUUGAAUGGCUUUGUUUAUUUGUUUUUGGGCUCUGGUAUGGUAUUCCUAAACGCAAUGAUAAGUUACGCGUAUGAAAGAGAUACAAAAUUGCAGUAUCUUUUUAUUGAGACUGUAAAAUUUCAAUACAACAAAGGUAUAGAAAUAUUAUCAAAUUUAUUUCCACAUUUUAUCAAAGAUAAAGUAAAAAAAGGAGAAAGAGCAAUUGUGCUAGGCCAGCCUGAUGUUACUGUGAUGUUUUGUGAUAUUUAUCAAUUUGAUAGCAUCUGUGCAACUCAUUCUCCUAGUGAAUUAAUUGAUCUUCUUGAUGCCUAUUUUGAUUUGCUAGAUAAAUUAUGUGAUGAUUUUGGUGUAGCGAAGAUAGAAACAGUAAAUAAAACAUUCAUGACAUGCGCAGGGAUAGCUCAAGAUGAAGUGUUGCGCCCAAAAACAAAGCUAACCAAAAAUCAUGGGAUGAGAACUGUAGAACUAGCCCUAGCAAUUCUAGAUAAACUCCAGCAUGUCUUUCUUAAAACUGGUGAAAAACUAAGGGUAAAGAUAGGAAUAAACUCAGGUCCGGUAAUAGCAGGCGUUGUAGGACUUCAUAAACCUCAGUUUUCUCUAGUUGGAGAUACUGUAAACACUGCCAGCAGAAUGAUGAGUACACUUAAAGAGCCAGAUUCAAUCCAAAUUUCUAACUCCCCCAUGAUCGAACAAAAAAAAUCUUGUUCGCUCACUGAGGGGGUUAAUUUUUUUUUUAAAAAUUCAUAUAUACAAUUUUAUAGAAUGUUUUUUUAAAAAAAAUCCUAAUUCACAAAAAUUAGAGAUCAAAUAUUAAUUUAAUUUGUAAAAUUUAUGUUUUUUUUAAAACGCUAUUUGUUUAAAAUUAAACAGAAUUAGCACAGAUUUCAUUAUACUAAUUAUCACUUAUAUAUCAAAAUUUUUUCUCAUAAAAAUUUUUUCUAUUGAAAAAAUUUUUGUUUCGCUCACGGAGGGUGGGUUUUGGGCAAAAAAUAGCGAUUUUUCUAAUGGUUUUGUUCGCUUACGGAGGUGAGGGAGUAAGUCAACUUAUGAAUUAGUCAAAGAUUGCGCUUUUGAUUUUAUUUAUAAUAAGGUAGAAGCUAAAGGUAAAGGGAUUCUUAAAACUUUUCUAGUGCAAAAGCAACCCCUGCUAAGCCCAUUGCGUGAUAGAAUAGAUUCUCAUAAUAAUGGCUCAACCACCGAUCAAGAUAAUUCAUGGAUCGUUAAGAGGGAAGCCACUAAAACUGAAGGUUUUAUUCGGAGAAGCAACAGAUUUUAUAGUGUAAAAGGAGGUGAAAAAUGCAAAAAAAUUAUUAAUAUGACUUCAAUAUUAAACGAAAUGAUAGAAAGAUCUGGGCUAUCUAAACAAGAGCUUGGGUUUGUAGAAGGAAUAAAGCUUACUCGAUUUCAUUAUAAAACUGAAGAGGAAGUCGAAUUAAGGCUAAGAGUUAUCGACAAAUUAGAGCUGGCAAUGAAAUAUAAAAUAUGAGGAGAAAUGAUAUUAAUUUUACUUGCUACAACUGUGCAUUUAUUUAGGUUUAUUUUCAUUGAUAAAGAUGAAAUAAUUUUUGGACUCAUUUCAUUAAAAAUAGUGAUUUUGCUAUCGCUUAUAGGUGUUUUAGCAAAAUAUAGAAAACUUCAUAUAAAAAUUUUCUUUUCAUGAAUUUUAUUUGCUGGAUUUUUAUCUUUGGGAAUUUUGAAUGUGGUUACUUUUUAUAAUUCACCAAAAAACUGCUGUAUUUUAAUUACGCUAGAAAUCCUAUUUGAAUUGCAGUUAAUUGGCACUGCUUGCUUUCUUCCUUUUGCAAACUUGCUAUUCUCUACCUUGCUCCUUACAAUUCCCACAAUUCUUAUUAUUUCUAUUAAUUUUGAAAAAGAAGAAGCCCUAGAAACAAUUUUUCCUUUUAUUUUCUACUGCCUAUUAAACAUGCUUGCAUUGCAUAACAAAGAGAAACAAUCACGAAUUACUUUUAACCUCCACAAACUCAUGAAAAGUGAAAUAUCCAAAACUAAAAGGCUGCUAAACCAAUUAAUCCCGCCCCAUGCUGUCAGAAAUAUGAUGAAUGAUCUUGCUACAACUGACCGAUUUAAUGAAGUUACCAUGAUUUUCGCUGAUAUUUGUGGCUUCACUGAUUUUUCUUCUUCAAGAAGUCCGGAAGAAGUCAUUUCUAUGCUGUCUGGAUUUUUCACUAUUUUUGAUAAUCUAUGCUUAAGCCAUAAUGUAUUUAAAGUUCACACAAUUGGUGACUGCUACGUCAUUAUGAGCUUUAGAGACGCUCAAAGUAGAAAAACUGAGAGGAAUUUGUAUGAGGAAUGUGAGAAUAUGCUGAAUAUGGCUUUUGAUAUGGUAAAGGCAAUAAAAGAUAUCAAUGAGAAAAAUAUGACGAAAUUAAAUAUGAGGAUUGGAAUGCAUACAGGAGAUUUGGUAGGAGGGAUCACAGGGAAUGACAUAGUUAGAUAUGAUAUUUAUGGACCUGAUGUAGAUGUUGCUAAUAAAAUGGAAAGCAAUGGAAUGCCUGGAAAAGUCAAUGUGAGCGAAGUUACUAAAAAAUUGCUUGAAGAAGGAUUUCCUGGGAAGUAUGGGUUUGAGUUUAAUAAGACUAUUAUACAUAAGCCAAUCAAUAGAGCGUUCGAGUCAUACUAUGCAAGCUACAACAACUCUUUAUAG